AUGGCGACAGUAAAGCGGCUCGUCGUAGCCGCAUCACUCGCGUGGCUGGGGUUCAGCAGUGUUGUUUUGUCUUUGACUGUUAAGGGCAAAGAGUUCCCGAGCCUGAUCGAUGUUACAAUCGAUGAUCUCCAAGGUGGUCUCGAAACUGGACUCUUCACCAGCGUCGACUUGGUCAAUGCCUAUAUUGCGCGUAUCCAGGAAGUCAACAGCACGCUGAAUGUUGUAACGGAGCUCAACCCAGAUGCACUGUUGAUUGCUGCUGAGCUUGAUGCUGCCAGGGCAAAUGGAACAACCCUUGGGACCCUCCAUGGCAUUCCAAUAUUGAUCAAGAACAACAUUGCUACAAAAGACAAGAUGAACAAUACUGCCGGCUCCUGGGCACUGACCUCGGGAUCAAUCGUUUCACCGUCCCAGAAGAAUAACCUCGUGGGCAUCAAGCCCACAGUUGGGCUAACAUCUCGUCACUUGGUUAUCCCUAUCAGCUCUCAUCAGGACACUAUUGGGCCGAUGGCACGCACUGUCAAAGACGCGGCGAUCAUCUUGAAGGCUAUCGCGGGUGUAGACCCCAAGGACAAUUACACACUUGCCAUCCCACACUGUGGCAAGAUUCCCGACUACGUAGCGGCAUGUGAUGCAGGCGCUCUCAAAGGAGCCCGCAUCGGUAUUCCGUACAAUGUUGUCAGCACUAUCACUGCGUCGCCGGAAUUGACGGCCUACUACGAGGCAAUUGAGCUCAUGAGGUCCGAAGGAGCUGUUAUAGUUGAUGCAAACUUUACCGUGCCCAACCCAACUACAAGUUCCAUCGUCCUCCAAGCUGACUUUAUAUCCGACCUGGCGGCUUAUCUCGCAGAGCUUACGUAUAACCCUAAUAUGAUUACUAGUCUUGCAGACCUGCGGGCUUUUACUCAGAGCUUCCCCCUGGAGGACUACCCAGACCGCAACACUGCGACAUGGGACGCAGCUCUGAGCCUGGGAUAUAACAAUAGCGACAUACGGUUCUGGCAGGCCCUACAGCAGAAUUACUACUAUGGUGGUGAAGGAGGGCUGCUUGGCGCGGUCGCGCGAAACAAUCUAGAUGCUCUGAUCCUCCCAACCAGCUCGUCUGCUGGAAGAGCUGCUAUUGUCGGCGCACCGAUUGUGACAGUGCCCCUGGGCUUCUAUCCGGCUAACACGGCCGUUACAACAAGCUCUCGCGGCCUUGUAACUCGCGGUCCCAAGAUUCCUUUCGGCCUCAGCUUUCUAGGUGGGAAGUUCACCGAGGCGACACUCAUCGGGCUUGCGUAUGCGUUCGAGCAAAAAACGUUGGUGCGAAACCAGGAAUGGGAUGCGGAAGCUCAUCUGAAGCUCAUGUCCUCCGUAGGCAUCCGCAAGAGCAUACUCAGCAUCAGCUCACCUGGGACCGGACUAUAUCCCUUGACACCCGAAAAGUCCGUUGAAUUAACCCGCAGAUGCAAUGACUUCGCAGCGGAUCUCAAGAGGCAAUAUCCGGAGAAGUUUGGUUUCUGGGCCGGCCUGCCCUUGCCUCUGAUCGACGAGUCGUUGCAGGAGGCUGAGAGAGCUCUGCGGGACGGCGGCGCGGACGGCAUUGGCCUCCUGACCAACUACCAAGGCCACUACCUCGGCGAUCCGAUCUUCGACCCGGUCUUUGAGUAUCUGGACCAGAAAGGCGCAAUCAUCUUCGUCCAUCCUACCAGCCCUUGCACAUGCCAUGCAGACACUGGCCAGGACAUCAACGGCGCGUCGUCAAGACCAAGCUAUCAGCCCGCCACGCCGCUCUUCCCUCCCUACCCAAACCCCAUGUUCGAGUUCUUCUUCGACACGGCUCGCGUAGCAACAAACCUUCUCCUCCGCCACGUGCCCCGCCGCUUCCCGAACCUGAGGUUCAUCAUCCCCCACGCGGGAGGCGGCUUCGCGCCUUUGCUGUCUCGCGUGACGCGGUUCAGCGGCCUAGUGCCAGAGGCGUUCCCCGGCGACAGCGGCGUGUCUGCGCUGUCCGAGGACGAGGCGAGGGCGCUGUUCCAGGAGCGGUUCUACUUCGACCUGGCGGGGGUGGUCUUCCCGGGCCAGCUGGAGGGCAUGAUGGCGACGAUGGGCGUCGGCGCCGAUAGGUUGCUGUAUGGGUCUGAUUUCCCCUUUACGCAGGCGGGCGGCGUGAGGGCGCUUGCUGCAGAGAUGGAUGAGGGUCUGCAACGUCUGGUGGGCAAUGAGCGAGUGGAGGAUGUUUACUUCAAGAAUGCCGAGGGGCUGUUGCGGUCCGCUUGGUCGUGUGAUGCAAAACAGAAGACUUGA